GCAUUAAGAUUGAACAGUUGCUUCGGAGCUUUCACUACAAUUUCUCCCCCUUAUUUUAUUCUAACAUUCUCAACAUCCGAAUUUUCUCAAUCAAUCACCGAUUUUCCUGCGAAUCGCGCCCAAGGACUAAAUUCUGCACAUUGCAGAGUGUGGAAAAGAAUUGGUGAAGUCCCUGUGGAGAUUAUUCUGGAGAAGUGGGCAGAGUUGGAAUGGGUUCAAGGUGAAAAAUUGGAGGUGGUCCAAGACAAAAGCCAUCGAGAGACGCAGGUGAAGAGAUGAAAGUCGCGCGAAAGCGCCAUCGAUUGUCUGUGUGUGCGAAAUUGUGAGGACCUGCAGUGCGAGAUGUGCUCCAGGGCGGUGGGAGUCUGCAGAGUGUGGUGCAAAAGACAAACAAACAUCGGUGGGUGAGUGAGAAAAUGGGUGGAGAAGUUGUGGCAAAAAACAAUUCUCCAGCAUAUCUGCAUUGCUGCAGCAUCGCAAAUUAGAGGAUUGUCGCGCGCGCCCGGUGGUGAGGAUGCCCUUCGGCAGACGAUCACCUCUGGAGGCCCUGGCGCUGCCAGGUGUCAUCCUGGCCUACAAGUACAGCCAGUUUCGCCAGAGGAGGCGCGAGGCCGCCAAUCGGCGAGUCACCGAGCGUGAACUCACUGCACUGCAUCACAAAAUCGAUAAACUCCUCAAUAAGCUGGAGGAGAGCGAGCCGGAGCCACCAACGUCGCAGGAGGAUGAGUGUGUGAUCUGCAUCAAUGCCCGAGCCACGAUGCAAACCUCCCCUUGUGGCCAUAGAGUUGUGUGCCGGCGGUGCUUCGUGAAGACGAUUCAGGCUGCCGUGGCCCAGCGACUGCUGCCGCUGCGUUGUGUGAUUUGUCGAGCACGCAUCAAUCGAUUGACUUCUGGUUCUGGGUCAUGGCGACUUCAGGGAUCAGCGUCGAGUUACUCGAUGGGCAGCAGCAAGAGUUGGGGGGUGCCCGGGUCGGCGAGUGCGUACAGCAUGAACAGCCGCGUGGCCCAGUCGGCCAGCCUCUACUCAAUGAGCUCUGGUUCAUCGUGCGUGUCAGGUGUCUCCAACACGUCCUCGUGCUCAGAGAACUCCACCAAUUCCGGCCUGUCGUCCACAUCAUCGGCCAGCUCACUUCACAAGCACAACGGCAGCUGCCCCAGCGGAUGCCUGGGCGCCAUCCCGCGCAAUCCGGCCUAUCUGAAUCGCCCUAGCAAGGAGAGGGUGUCAGAGAUCAUGCUGCGCUCCCGCCUGCCCACAAUCAAGGAAUUCAGGAGCCCAGCUCGGCGCCUCCCGACGCCCUCUCCAGUGCACGCAACCAAUCCACGACUCAGAUAUGGCACUUACACCGGAAAGUCCAGCAGUCCUACGGACAUCAUUCCCCUCCUGGUAGCCGACGCAUCCUCUUCCGCUCCCCCCGGUGGCGCCAAGAGCCUCGGCGUGGGCUCGAAAGUCGCCCCGAUCCGCGCCAAGUCGCCCAUGAGUGGCAAAAGUGUGUCCGUGAAGAGCAAAUCAGACCUCCCAGCGCCCUCCACCUCCAAGACCGCCCCCGCCGUGGUCGCGGCGGCCGCGAGCGCCUCGCGUGAGGACAAGAAGGAGGAGAAGGCGCGACUAAAGGCAGAGAAGGAAAUGAGAAAGGAAGAGAAACGAAUUGCCAAAGAGGAGGAGCGCCUCGCCAAGAUGCUGGCCAAGGAGGAGAAGAAGCGGAGGAAAAAGGAGGCUUCCGCUGCCAAAAGUUUCUUCGGUUAGGCAUAAAUCUGUACAUGUGAGAGAGAUAUAUACCUUAUGUCCGCCCUCGUUUCCUUCCCACUCUUCGACAUGAGAAUAUUUCAAAAAAAGGAAAAGAAACCACAUAAAAUUUCUCCAAGAGAAAGGAUUUCUAACAAAAUGCCAAUGCAGAUGCAUUUUCCCUCAUCUGGCAACAAUGUUUCAUUGCCAGGAGAGAAAACCGCAUUGCAAUUUAACUAACCAUUGAAUAUAAUCACUUAUAUACCCGAAAUAUUCAAAUUGAAAGGAGAAAAACAGAAGAAUAAGUUGAAUUCUAUAUAUCCAGAAUUGUAAUCAGCUAUAGAAGAUGUUUAUGAGUCAGUUGAAAUUUAAAGAUAGCAUAAAAAAUGAGAAAAAGAAACUAUUUUUGACUGACGAUUUUUAACGAUGAGAAUCGAUGAUUAGAGAGAGAAAAGUGUAUUGAAAGGGUGAAGAGUAGAGUUUAAGAAAUUAAAUUGUAAAUCAGAAAUUUAUGUUCUCUCAAUUUAGUGAGCAAUAUUUAAAUCUUGAGCAAUAUUUUCUACCCUAUUUUCGCUCAUUUUUUUUAAAGACACAAUUAUUCCUUAAAUUUAUUACUUUAUGAAAUUGUCUCGUGUAUAUUUAAGAUAUUAGAGAAGAAGAAAAGGAAAUUAAAAUUCAUUAAGAGAUUAAAAGAUGAAAACAGGCCAGAAAAAUGUUGCCAAUUGAAUUUUUUCUCCCAAAGAAAAUAUCUCGUGUAAAGCGUUUCACAUCUAAAAAACAAACCGAUGAAAAAAUAUAUACGUAUUUUGAAUUGAGAGAAUUUCAUCUUAAUAGAUUUUUGUCAAUUUCUAUGGGGAAAAAACCAAAACCUUUUCGCUCUUUCCAGAGACGUUUCUCUGGACUUUCUCAACAAGUAUAAAAUGAAAUAAUAUCAAUAAAAAAAACUUAUUUAAUGUUAAUAUUAUUGAGAUAAACUGAAUUGCAAAAAAACGUGAAUAGACACUAAAACCAAAUAUCUAGGAUGACAAGAGAACCGUUUACGCAUUAAUAAACUUGAAUAGACUGGAUGAUUAGAAUUGUUAAAUGUUUGAAAUAAACCAUGACAUGAAAACUA